CAGGGUUACAAUACAGUAGGUUCCGCUGUUUUCGAGAGAGUAGAUGUGUUUUUGAGGUAUUAAACGAUUUAGAGAACUCUUGAGCCGUUUCGGUCAAUUAUACGCUUAGGUAGCUCGUUAGUUGCCUCUCUUCUGAUCGAGUCGCUUAGAAAAAAGCGACUUGAUUUAGCUAAUAAUCGCCUUUUAGUAAAUUCAGGUCGAAAGGGAUGCCGCUGCAGACAGACUCCGACGGACGCAAGCAGUCUUUGGAUUUAAUCUCAUCGCAUUUAAUCGGGAAGAGCAGUUUUUCUAUAAAUUGUAAAAGCCUCAGUAUAACACAUCCUCGACCUAGUGCUAUUGAAAGAUGCUUAAGCUCGAGUGCGAAUUAAUAGCUUUUCUUUGAAGUAAAGAGAGAAGCGUCAAUAAUCAGCAAGCUAAACGCUAGCUAUCGUAGCUGGUCAUCAACAAAGCGGGGAUCGUUAAUCUCUUGCCGUAAGGAGUAACCAGAUAGGCGAAGAAGAAGAGUGUCUACGGCUUGCCAAUUGAACACGUUAUUUUCUGCCUGUGCUGAAAAUAUUGCUCGACCACAAUGAAGCUGUUGGAAAGCUCCAGCUUUGAAGCCCUUAGCUCCCGACUGUGUGUUGAAACCGGAGAGUCUCGCAUCCUUGGCAGGAUGGAGAGCUACUCCUGUAAGAUGGCAGGGGAUGACAAACAUAUGUUCAAGCAGUUCUGCCAGGAGGGCGAGCCUCAUGUGCUGGAGGCUCUCUCCCCCCCCCAGUCCACCAGCGCCACCAGCCCUUCACAGCUGGGGAAGAGCAGUGAAGACGGGGAGAACCCGCUCAGUGACAAGUGUUGCAGGAAGACUCUUUUCUACCUCAUCACCACGCUCAACGAGUCCUUCCGGCCCGACUACGACUUCAGCGCCGCCAAGGCCGAAGAGUUCAGCCGAGAGCCCAGCAUCAACUGGGUGGUGAAUGCCGUGAACAGCAGCUUGUUCUCAGCUGUUGGAGAGGAGUUUAACUCUCUGGGGCCGGAGCUGUGGAACGCCAUCGACCAGGAGAUCAACCUGCAGGGCUGUGACUUCUACAGCUACAACCCUGAUCUGGACUCUGAUCCUUUUGGUGAAGAGGGGAGCCUCUGGUCCUUCAACUACUUCUUCUAUAACAAGAAACUCAAGAGGAUUGUGUUUCUCACAUGUCGCUCCGUCAGUGUCUUGAGUGGCUAUGGCCGGGACUCACAUGACAACGAGCUGGACAUGGAGCUGGAUGACGAGGAGGAAAUGGAUGGCUUCACUUUGGACAGGUUCCCCAGAGUUCUGUGCGUGUGAUUCUGCCUGCAGGACACGCCUCGGCCAAACAAUAUCUUGACUUUUCCUCCUCCCUCCAUUUUCGCCCUCAUGUUCCCUUUUAUUUUUGUAUUUAGCGGCCUCAUUCAAAGCCAUUUUCACGCUUUAGACAAAUGCAUGUUUGAAGCCUUCUCUGUGUACCGUGAGACGGUGGACAUUUAUUUAAACCCUGCGGUAACUUUAAGGCUCCUCUUUCUCCUGUAUGAAGGCACACAGACUCAUUUACAGGCUUCUCUGCACCGGCAACAUUUCCAAAAAGAAAGAAGAAGGUGUUGUAAUGGAUAAACAACAAAGACUGUAGGGGUGUUUCUUGCAAAUGAUGUCACAAAGAGGAGUCCAGAAAACACCAGCAUCAUAAAAAGACAUUUGAUGAUAUUCCUACAUUGGAAGGGGCUGGGCUGAAAGACCCAGUAGAGACUGGUUUCCUGUUCAGAGGAGAAUUGUUUCGUUGUUGCCAGUUUUUGUGUGACAGUGAUCUUACUGUGACAACCUUUUCAGCACUGAGUUUGACAUUUAAAAUCAUCGCUGCAUUUCUAACUGAAACUUGUAUUGUUGAAUGUUAUUACUGCGAACGCUCGUCUGUAGGGAACUCUUGGCAUCUCGGUUGCAGCUUAGACAACAUGUCAGCGUUUAACAAAUGUCCCAUAGUUUUUGCUUCAAUCCCCAUUUACAAAGUUCCAUUUUAUAUGUAGUUGAUUUUCCAAUCCAGUAUUUUUUCACUCUUCCUCUUUACUGAUUUAUUCCUAUUUAACCCGUUUCUAAACGUCUAUCUUGCCAGUUUUUUCUUUGCUCUGACCUCAGUGUAAAGGCUUCAUUGAAUGAAUGUAUAGUACCAUUUAGAGAAAAAACAUAACUGUAAAAUUGCUAUGUUGUACAUUGUUUUAUAGAAAUCGAGAAGCUCCUUUUACUUUCCUUACAAGUGGUUAGGAGUUGUCUUUUCUUGACUUCUCUGUGCUUCAUUUGAUUGGCCAAUAUAUUACAGAUGUUAAUAAAACGUUGUUUGAAUCAAA